UGGCAGAGAACGUCCACGAAAUGAAUCGUCUAGUGUUAGCGUUCGGCAUCGUCUGCUUGCUGCAGGGAAUCUCAGCGGAGCCGAAGCCAGAAUUUGGUUUGCUCAUCGAAAUCCCAAGUAGCGAUAGAGUCGCUACCGUGAAUACCGACACGGAUAACAUUUUGCGCGAAAUUAAGAACAUAAACUUGUACGCACCUACCUCUGGGGCCACGAAACUGACCGAAACGAAGACGAAGAUCGGAGAAAUCCAGACUAAAAUAGAUGAACUUGGGAAACCAAUCAUAACUGCCUAUACUAAGCUGCGCAGUGCCCAAGAUGGAGACGUAGAUGCCGCAUUCUUAGACUUGGAAACAACGAUAGAAGCUGCAGCGACGUAUAUCGGUAACGCCGCAAACCUUCAUUCGGCGUUCACAACUAUUGGCUAUAACGGUAUUGCCGACGAAGUUAUGGAUGCUUUUACUCGCUUAAUGAACGGAUUGAAUGAAUUCAAAUCUAAAUUAACGGUAGUAAAGACUGCUAUCAAGGCAACCGUCACCCAGGCUGGAUCGAACGAAAUCACCGUAAAUAUGGUGCGCACGAACCUUGCUCCGCGUAAGAUGUUCGAUCUGUUGCGAGCUGCAAACUAUUUGAAGGCAAGCCUGCCACUUGUGAAAUACAUCGUGGUCACUGUAGACGAAAACGUCAAAGAGGCCGACACUUUCAUUAAAGAUAUAAUGACUCGGGUGGGUAGUGGAGUCACUACUGAAGUCGCCAAUUUCAAGGCUGAACUCAAGGAGGCCACUGACGCCUGUAAAGAAGUGGUAACUUCCAGAUCUACUACGGCAUCAAAUACCGUAUCCGCCCUUACCGGAGCAGUUGCAGGCUACACAGGCAUUUCUACCGCAACAGAUAUUGGUGCAUUGAAUUCUGCGAUUGAAAGUUUGUACACUACGUUCACUACCGGAAGUAAUACAAAGGUAUCGGAACUAGCAACGGCGUUUGACCAUAUCGGUACUGCACUCGAAGGGUUCGUGAAUUCGAUAACAUCACAGGUCAAUGUGCUAAACAACGACCUUGUCAAUUACCUUGUUGAUGUGCUCAUGGGCAACGACGAAUACGGACGCUAUUGUUACCAUAAGUACAAGGAUCUGGUAAAUGGCAUCUUCGACUAUGGAUUCGAUCUUAGCUGGCAGUGUAUUGACAAGGAGUACUCCCGACUGAUGCACCUGAAGGACACGUUCUCCAUCAUCUUCGACCUGUUGGUGUUCGAUGUUGAAGACGCCGAGUCACAGCUUGGAGUGUGCAAUUUAAUCACAACAACUGCGACCAUGAACGCCUGUGUCACGCAGAUGAAGACGUACUUAACCGCUCUGUUUGCUGAAACGGAGGUCAAGUUAGGUCUGCUGAAAUCGUUCGGUGUCGACGAAGCAGUCGCUAGCGAGAACCGUCUGUUGAUUUGCAUGCAGUUGUCGAAUAUUGAAACCUCGAUUAUUUACCCAUCAAAGAUUAAGGCAAAUAUCAAACUUUGUAACGAUAGUGGCCCGAACGGAACCGACUAAGUGUUGUUCUCGGAAUUUCUCCCGCAAAUCAGCAGUUAAGCUUGGCAAAGCGAUGUCAACCGCCGCUAGAUAACACUGCAAGAAUAGAUUGAAUAAAUGCAAUAACCAUACU